ACGGCUUCUUAGCAAAGCUUGCAAGCAGUCGACAUCAGUCAGAGUCUGUUGAUCGUCGCUGCCGGACCGACCGAACUGCAGCUUUUUGUUUGUGCUUCAUUCUGUUUUAUUUUUUGUUGUUGUACAUAUAUUUAGCUCAAUGUUUUAAUUGACGCGAAACGGAUGCAAAGCAAAACCCCAGCGACAUUCCAGCAUCAGCAGCACCAACAUGACGGAUAAGGAAAAUGAAAUACUGCCAGCCGCUGAGCCCAGCGAGGCAGCGCCUGUAGCCCUUGCAGCACCCACAACGGAGUCUGCCCCAAGCGUUGCACCGCUGGAGGAAACUGCAGAGGCAACUGCAGCCACAGUCGAGGAGCCAGCCGCCGAGUCCAAGGCCGAGACCAAUGGCAAGGCGCUGCUGCCGGUGGAGACCCAAAAGUUGCCCGAACCACAGCCGGAGCAGAAUGGCAAGGAGUGGAAGGAGGACAAGGACUUCAGCAACGUUGCCGAGGCCGAGGGACAACAGAAGAAACUUCCGUAUCCCAAGUCCGUGUUCUUCAUCAUCAGCAAUGAGUUCUGCGAGCGCUUCAACUACUACGGAAUGCGAACUGUCCUUGUGCUGUAUUUGAGUCGUCAGCUGGGCUACGCGGAGGACACAGCCACCGUGGUCUUCCACGUGUUCACCAUGUUCGUGUACUUCCUGUGCGUGUUUGGAGCCAUCGUCUCGGACUCCUGGCUGGGCAAGUUCAAGACGAUAUUGUACCUGUCGAUGGUGUACAUCUGCGGAUCGGUGCUGCUCACCCUGGGCGCCAUUGGGCCGCUCAAUCUGCCCGUGGAGACAUUCACGAUGCUCGGACUGGCCCUCAUCGCCCUGGGCUCGGGCGGCAUUAAGCCGUGCGUGUCAGCCUUUGGCGGUGAUCAGUUCAAGGUGCCGGAGCAGGUCAAGCAGAUCACCUCGUUCUUCUCGCUCUUCUACUUCUCGAUCAAUGCUGGCUCGCUGAUCUCGACGACGGUGACGCCGAUCCUGCGCGAAGAUGUCUCCUGCUUCGAUGACAUCAAUUGCUAUCCUCUGGCCUUCGGUGUGCCCGCCAUCCUCAUGAUCAUUUCGGUGGUGAUCUUUGUGCUGGGACGAUCGCUGUACAAGAUGAAGCCGCCGGCGGGUAAUAUGGUGGUGCUGGUCUCGAGCACCAUCUGGACUGCGAUCACCACGAAGUGCAAGGAGAAGAAGACCAAUCCGCGCGAGCACUGGCUGGACUAUGCGGACAAGAAGUACGAGCGACAGCUGAUCGACGAUGUCAAGGUGCUGAUGCGCGUCCUGUUCCUGUAUCUGCCGCUGCCCGUGUUCUGGGCACUGUUCGAUCAGCAGGGCUCCCGCUGGACCUUCCAGGCCACGCGCAUGGACGGCGACAUGGGCUCCUGGGACAUCAAGCCCGAUCAGCUGCAGGUGCUCAACCCGCUGCUCAUUCUCGUCUUUAUACCCCUCUACGAUGUGGCCUUCUAUCCGGCGCUCAGCCUCAUCGGCAUUCGUCGGCCGCUGCAGAAGCUAACCAUGGGCGGCAUCCUGGCCGGCAUCGCCUUCAUUAUCUCUGGCAUUGUGGAGCUCAACUUGGAGAAAACCUAUCCCGACCUACCCUACAGCCAGAACAUCCAGCUGCGGGUCUUCAACACGGAGAACUGCCCCCUGACAUUCAGCAGCAACCUGGUCGGUGCCGAGAGCUUCGAGGUGCCCCAGUUUGGUGUCUACACCAACAAGGACCUGUACGUGGCGAACACGUGGAAUCUUGAGUAUCAGAUCAGCAGCUCGGACCCCAACUGCCAACUGUCCAACGUGGGCAGCCAACUGCUGACCCAAAAGAAGGCCUGGUCGCUGUUCGUCAACCCGUUGAAUGCCACACAGAACACCUACUGGCAGGAGGACUUUGUGGACAAGCCCUCCGAGAGCCAUCCCCUCGUGCGGACCAUUGCCAAUGUGCCGCCCCAGAGCACGAUCGUGUGGAAGAAUGCCGACAAGGGGGACAUCGCCUACGAGCAGUAUGCCAACGAGACGCUCCUCACACGGGUCUACUCCGCCAAGUACGAUGUGCUCAUCGAUGGCGUGCGGGUGGGCUCCGUCGAUGUCCAUUCGGGCGGUGUCUACACGCUGCUGGUCAAGGAGAAUGCCCAAGGGGGCUACGACUACCAGCUGAUUGAGGUCACGGAACCCAACUCCAUGAACAUUCUCUGGCUGAUACCGCAGUAUGUGGUCAUGACACUCGGCGAGGUGAUGUUCUCCGUCACGGGACUGGAGUUCUCCUAUGCCCAGGCCCCGCCCAGCAUGAAGUCUGUGCUGCAGGCCUGCUGGCUGCUAACCGUAGCCUUUGGCAAUGUCAUCGUUGUGAUCAUUGCCGAGGCGGCGCUGUUCGAUUCACAGGCAAGCGAGUUCUUCCUGUUUGCCGGCCUCAUGUUCGUGGACAUGCUGGUGUUCAUGGUGAUGGCGUACUACUAUCAGCCGAAUGAUCCCAAUAAGAAAGAGGAAGUGCAGCCACUGACGGGCGAUGCCAAGACCGAGAUACAGCCACUCGAAGAGGGUGUCGAGAACAAGGGCAAGGACAUCAAUGAGUAGAGGCUAACACUGCUCUCUCCCACCUGCUCCUGCGGCUGCCGCUGCUCCCGUGUUGUGUAUUAUAAAUAUUUUAUGUGUAUAUGUCCGAUCCCUACGAUUACAUUUCCAAUCUAAGUGUAAGUGAAGCUCUGGUCGCUCCUUAUCGGCAGACUGUUGUUGCAUAUAAAACAAGAAACAUUUCAGUUUAGUUAAUCUAAUAAAAAGAAGAAACAAAAACAAUUAGUAA